AUGGUCGCGGGAACAAUUAAAAGAGAUAAACGUGCAUGGAACCAGUUUAAGUUUGUCCUUUUGCAUCUUUUGUUCACUUUUCAUGCGACAAAAGCCCAAAGCCGGGCGCCCAGGAUAAAGGAACAUCCAUCUGAUACAAUAGUUGGUAGAAGUGAACCAGCAACCUUACGGUGUGUGGCUGAAGGUAAACCCAAGCCCACAAUCCAAUGGUAUAAGGAUGGCGUUCCACUUGCACCGACCGAUCAUCCCCAUAGAGUUCUUCUUGAAGAUGGACUGUUAUUUCUCAGGGUUAUGCGUAGUAAGAAGGAAAGCGACGAUGGUGUAUACUGGUGUGUCGCUCGUAACACCGUCGGGGAAGCGGUUAGCAAGAACGCCACCUUAACAAUUGCUGUCUUACGCGAUGAAUUUAGAAAUGAACCUAGAGACGUAAAAGUAGCCAGUGGCGAAGCAGCAUUACUUGAAUGUUCUGCUCCCCGAGGAGUUCCUGAACCAUCUGUUCAUUGGACUAAAGAUGGGCAUAGUUUAGAUAUAGAAGUAAAUGGAAGGGUCACUAUAAUAGAUGGAGGUAGUUUAAAAUUUCUAGAAACUAUAGCUUCAGAUAGCGGUGUAUACAGAUGUAUAGCAUCUAAUGUUGCCGGAGAGAGGCAAUCACGACCAGCGACAUUACUCGUAUUACGAAGACCACAUUUUCUUGUGAAACCUAAUAAUAUAACGGCUUUGAUAGGACAGAACAUCGAGUUUCAUUGUCAAGCCUCACCCGAGUCGGAUGUAUCUGUAACGUGGUCAAGGGAUAGAGGUUCAUUAUCUCUGUAUGCGAUAAUACGAAGGGGUUCGUUAAGAAUAGAUAGGGUAGUGGCGUCGGACGGAGGUACUUACACAUGCCGAGCUGAGAGUCAAGCUGGGUUUAGUGUUGCUACAGCAACUCUUACAGUACAUUCUUUACCUCAAUUUACGAGAGUACCAUCAGAUCAAACUGCUUGGGAAGGGGAAUCAGUUUCAUUUCCAUGUGAAGCUGAAGGCACACCAAAACCUGUUAUAUUUUGGACGAUGGAAGGUUCUCAGGAAUUAGUGUUUCCAAAUUCAGAACACGCUACCGGGUCUCUUUAUUUAGAUCGGGUCUCGACACAUCAUGCUGGUAGAUUGACUUGCGUAGCAGUUAGUGCUGCAGGAAGCACUUUACAUACAGCAACUCUACAGGUAUUAAGACGAGAAGCAAAUUCAUUUAAUGGUAACUCUGAAUCUUCAUCUCCAUAUCCUGAAUUAAAUAAACCACAAAAUCAUCCACCCAUGACUCAAUAUGAGCUUGUUCAGGCUCGUCGUUAUUUACAGCAAGAUGUCUUAGUUUUAAGAAGAGUCGAGGGGAUAUCUUCGACAACUUUAAAAAUAGUUUGGGAUGUAUUAACGGAUUACAAUGAAUAUUUGGAAGGAGUAAAAAUUUGGUUUAAUGGUACUUCCUUAAAUCGACAGCAAGCAAUUGAUGUACACAAUACACAACAAAAUAAUAAUUCUUUAGAAAGUUUUAUUGAAUUAACAAAGUACGACAAUUUUUCUAUGACUACUGUUCAUAACAGUGGCUCAUCUAGCCAUUUAUUAACAGGGUUGAUACCUUAUGCUCAGUAUAACAUAUUUUUGAUGCCCUUUUACAAAUUAUUGUUAGGUAAACCGUCUAAUAUGAAAAGUGGUGUUACGGAAGAAGAUGUCCCUUCGGCAUCUCCGCAAAAUAUUUCCGCUGGUGUAAUUAAUGCUACAUCAGCUUGGAUCCGAUGGGAUCCACCCCCUGUUCACACAUGGAACGGAGAUCUAUCCGGUUACUUGAUCGAAGUGCGAGUGGGCGCUGGUACCAACGGGCGAGUGGUAGGCCAGAUGUCACUAGGUGCUCGUACUCGGGCAGCGGCAGCUAGCUCCUUGCGAGCCGGUGGGAGGUAUAGUGCUCGAGCUGCAGCUGUCACGCGCCGCGGCCACGGGCCUUUUAGUGCCCCUGCGCAUAUACAUAUGCUUCCCACUCAUUCACAGAGACAUUACGUUCAAACUGAACCAGCGACCGACAAGGCGAUAUUAUCAAUGUUUCAGGAAACUUGGUUAUUAGUGUUAAGUAUAAUCCUAUUAGCGAUAAUAGUUGUAGGUGCCAGUGUUUUUAUUUAUUUACGACGGAGACAAUCAAAACAGAGAAAAAAUCAUAACUCAGCUGGCACCCCCAUAACGAACACACAAUGUUUGCUAGGUAAAGAAGCAGUUUGGCUACGCGAGAGACCUUUAUACGAAGACUCAACCGAACCUCGAAUAGAAAUAUUAAACUGUCACCAAAGUUUAUUACACAGCGGUCAUACAAUAGGCACGAUGGCCAUGGAAGCUGAAUAUAGUCUUCCACAACACACAAGUGCUUUAAAUAUGAUGGCACAAGAAGACACUAGACGACACGCUCCAGAACCUUACGCGUCCAGCGCUAUUUAUACUGAAUUACACUAUCAGGACCACACGGACGCGGAGGAUUCGUGCAUAAAGUGUGCUGUAAGUCCAGAAUCUUACGACAAUAGUAUGGUUAGAUCGUUUGCAGACAGUAAUCAAUAUUCCAACGAAGAAUGUUCCACGUGUUGUCGCAGUAGUAGUUCAACAUUAACUAAAGAUUACAGUGAUAUGACGAAAUGUGGAAACGAAGUUGAUGACGUGCAAGAUCUAUCUUUAGAUGAAUGUCCGUCUUGUAAGACGACACAGUCGAGAUCAUCUAGUCACCAUGAAGGUAACAAAGAAUGGACGGCUAUAGCUGAUGUCGAGUACGACUAUCCUCAAUGGCAAUGGUUAGGAAGAGAAAAUAGCUUCAGACAGAUGACCCAAAAUUCUAAACAUUCAAGUCAAAGCCGACGAAGCGACCAAAACUGUAGAAUGAAUUUAUGUGAUAUUCUACCACCGCCACCAUACGAAAGGGAAACAACGUACAGGGAAAUGCAUGCAUUUACUAACAAUUCUGGAGCGUCCGGUUGUUCUGGACAUUCAUACCGAAGUUAG